UUUAAUACCAUGCCACGUCAGUUGUGGUUGAGAUUAGAAAAGUUUUUGAGCCUCAUAUGUCACAUUCACUGCAAGGAAUAAUUCUGUUUCCUAAAACGGCGUACUUUGUAAUUGUGACAGUAAAUAUUUUAAAGUUUUGCUCUCCUAUUAUCUAGCUGCAUCAUGCGUUACCUUGGACUUUGCAGUUUGAUGUUACAUGUUAUCUGUGUUUGUAGCACAGAGUUAACGUUUGAAUUACCGGACAACGAAAAGCAAUGUUUCUACGAAGAACUUGAGAAUGGCGUGAGAUUUGACAUAGACUUUCAAGUAAUUGCAGGGGGAAACUAUGAUGUAGACUGCUUUGUCACAGAUCCUUUGAGCAAUGUCCUCUAUCAGGAUAGGAAGAAGCAAUAUGACAGUUUUUCUCACACCACAACCAUGAAAGGUGUUUACAAAGUAUGCUUCAGCAAUGAAUUCUCCACGUUCUCCCACAAAAUAGUUUACCUGGACUUCCGUGCAGGGGAUGAAAGGCCACUUCUCCCUGACAUGAACAAAGCCACAGCACUGACCCAGAUGGAGUCAGCAUGCCUCUCUAUCCAUGAAAUUCUUAAGGUGGUGUCUGACUCUCAAACGUGGUACAGGUUACGGGAGGCACAUGACCGUAUCCGAGCAGAAGACCUUCAUGAACGUGUGAGCUACUGGUCCAUUGGAGAGACCUUCAUUCUAUUUGCGGUCAGCAUCGGGCAAGUCCUGAUGCUAAAAAGUUUCUUCAGUGACAAAAAAGGCACUGUGGCAGCCCCCACUUAGUCACUUGGCCAUCCUCCUUUGAACUACAUGGUCCUGAAUCCGUUAAAGCAAUCUGAAUGGUUCCACAAAACUACUUGACAAGGAUAUCUGUAGUAUGAUACAGUUGUGAAUUCUCAUCUCCUAAAAAAUGCAACUCUUAGAGCACAUCAUUGUAGAUGCACUUAAUGGGUUCUCAGCAGUCAGAUUUUUUUUUUACCCUAUUAUGUAAAAUUUGUUUGAACUAUUUCAGAAAUAUUGUGGCACAUGAUUAGUUACCAAAGAGCAAUGUCUGGCUUGUUUAUGUUUCAGUCCUAUUUGAUGCUGUUUUAUGUUUCACUUGAUUAUGUUAAUUUAUGUGCAAUCUUUGCAUUUUGUUACUUUGGCCUCUUUUGAACAUACACUUAAUGUACAUGAUAGCAUCAUAACCUGAUCAGGGGUUUGUAAGUGCAAUUAAAUACAAAAUACAGUUUUUGUUUUACUGUUACAUAAGUAUGUGCUUUAUUGUCCUUUCUUGAAUGGUCUAUAUUAUUUUUUCAAUUAACAUCAAAUUCCCAAAGUCAUAAAAAUGUUACUGAAGCUA